GUCGAUGAUUUUAGUUGUGAAGUGAAGAAGACAAACUGGUAGCUAGGCCGAGGCAGGUUCCUCAAUCUGAUCCCACCACUCAUAAAACCCAAAAAUCUUAACAUCAAAGUAAUCAUUCUACCUUUUUCUAGUUGAUCCAUAAGCAUAUCCAGAUCCCAAUCAAAACUCUCCAAAACUCUCCAAAACAAGGGGAAAAAAUGAGCGGUGACGAGAAAAGCACAGCUGUAGUUGUAGAUCACCAGCAUAAUCGAUAUGGAACUUUCCAAGGAGUAGCCAACUACCCUCCUCCACCUCCUCCUCAACACCAUGGCCCUGCUAUUGGGUUUCCUCAGCCUGUUCCGCCGCCUGGCCUCCAUGAGCCCUCUGCUCCUCCUUCUCAGUAUUAUUCUCAAGGUUAUCAGACCGUUCCAGGUUAUGCUGUUGCUGAAGGAAGACCUGUAAGAGAGCGUCGCCUACCGUGCUGUGGCUGUGGCCUUGGAUGGUUCCUGUUCAUCAUUGGUUUUUUCCUUGGGACCAUCCCCUGGUACAUUGGACUGUUGAUGCUACUUUGUGCAAGGGAGAGGAUGGACCACCGAGAGAAACCGGGAUAUAUCGCUUGCACAAUUGCUGCUGUUCUUGCUACAAUUGCCAUUGUCCUCGGUGUAACAAAGGGAAUCAACGAUUGAUAAGUUAUUCCGAGCAGUGUAUAUGCCUUUUCUUGUAAGCUAUCGUUGUGAGAAUUUGGUCGGAGAAUACAUGCGAACUACAUAUAUGGUCCAUUAGUGAUGUUUGUUUAUCAUAAUUGCUCUUAUAGCAAUGCAGAUUGUUAAACUAGAACUUUUACAUACAUUUAUAUUUAGCCAAAUAAAAAGUGCGCAUUGUGU